CUCUCCCUCUGCGUCGUUUUCAUCUCUCUCUACAAGUCUGUUAGCUGCUGAUUGUUUGGCUUUUAAUCUUCAAUAUUCUCUCGUUUCCCUUUUUCUAUCUUCUUCUCUCGGGUGGAUCAUCGUUUCCGACGCCCACGAAAUUGAUAAUCGGAUAUGGAUCUCCUUGCUGUACAUGUUAAGAACACCGCCACUCCCAGCCCCAGCCCCCUCUCACCCAAUAGACCUAUUUCUUCCAGUUUCCUCAAGUCUACCAGAAGAUUUUCUUCUCCACAUCCCUCUGCCUUUGGCGCUGAACUUCUCGGCCUCCUUGAGAUCCGAGUAUUCAGGCCCAAGCUCUGCUCUACCGCUUCUGCCUAUCGCUCUUUUCUGGUCACAGCGAUUGCCAAGAAGAAUCACGACAACUCUCCAUCUCCUGGAAAUGGAGAUCACUCAAUUCCUGGAGAAGACGCUAAAUCAAACAAUUUUUCUGAUGGCAACAAAAGUAAUGAAACUUCUUCCCAGAAAUCACAUCAUAUUAAUUUGGACUGGCGAGAAUUCAGGGCAAACUUAUUUGCUCGUGAGCAGGCAGAAAAGGUGGACACCGAUGUGAAUGUCCAAAGUGCAAAUGUCCACGAGUCUAAACCUCUUGGCCUGAAGUGGGCACAUCCUAUUCCUAUACCAGAGACUGGCUGUGUCCUUGUUGCUACGGAGAAGUUGGAUGGUGUUCGCACUUUUGAGCGAACAGUCGUCCUUCUCCUCAGAUCUGGAACCAGACAUCCUCAAGAGGGGCCGUUCGGAGUAGUUAUUAAUCGCCCACUUCAAAAAAAGAUCAAGCAUAUGAAACCAAAUAAUCUUGACUUGGCAACUACAUUUUCUGAUUGCUCUCUGCAUUUUGGAGGGCCUCUUGAGGCGAGCAUGUUUUUGCUGAAAACCGGAGAAAAACCAAAACUCCAUGGCUUUGAAGAAGUGAUCCCUGGCCUCUGCUAUGGCGCUCGAAACAGCCUCGAUGGAGCUGCAGGGCUGGUGAAGAAGGGAAUCCUUAAACCUCAGGACUUCAGAUUCUUUGUGGGUUAUGCUGGGUGGCAACUGGAUCAGUUGAGGGAGGAGAUUGAAUCAGAUUACUGGUAUGUGGCUGCUUGUAGCUCAAAUCUACUUUGUGGAGGCGCAUCAGAGGGACUGUGGGAGGAGAUUUUGCAGUUAAUGGGUGGCCACUAUUCAGAGUUGAGCAGAAAGCCUAAGCAAGACAUGUAGCUAUUUAUUUAAACUUUAAAGGAAUAUUGAGAAAUCUGAAGUGAGAUGUGUAAUCUAAGUCAAGUUAAAGCCAUAAAAGCUGAAAGCCAAAUGUACAGAACUUAGCUGGCUUUCGAAAUUUAGCAGUAAGGGACAACAACCACCUCUUAACUAUUUAUAAAUGUAAUUUAUGUAGAGCAUAUUCUCAUUUCCCUGA